CCUUACUUCCACUCUAAACCGGAUGCAGGAUGUCUGUGAUGUGCCUGAUCAUAAGAAAUGUAUGAUAGAAUUGCUAUGUACGUUCUGUAGCCAGCUGAUAAUUUGCUUAAUACUUGAAGACAACCGGUACGUGAUUAUACUUAUUGGGUACAAAAACAAAUCAGAGAUCAAUAGCCAGGACUAGAACAUGAUGUGUAUUUAGCCUUGGGUUGCCUAAAGCAAGUUUGAAAACUGUCAGCUGCUAGCUAGCUAGAUAGUUAUGCUAACAAGCCAUCGCUAGCUAGCUAGGUAGCUAGCUAGCUAGGCCGCUAUCAAUGGUAAUUCAUUGGGAGUCUCAGCCACUGCGUCAUGGAUGACAUUCAAAAUGGCCAUAGAUUUUCAAUGAAUUGCAUAAACAUCAGCAUUGUAGAGGUCAACCGAGCUUCUGCAGUGUUGCAGAAAUGUAGAUAUUAUCCUCCAGAUAGGUCAGCAUAUCCGAAGCAGGGGUGAUACAAGGAUACAGGAAAUGCCUGAGGGAUACAAAGUACAGUAACCAAGACAGUGGCGUUUUGGAAGAUCUAGCGAACUGAACUGUGCUACAGUUAUUAUAUCAUUUUUUUUAUAGCUAUGUCGAAACAAUAUAAAACAUUGAUAAACAUUAAUUGAUACCAACCUCAACAGCCGAUGUACUUUGAUACAGGCUUUGACUGUACUGUUUUUGUUUUUUUUACAGGUGGCAGCUCCAAUGUCUUGUGCUUUAGCAGCAUAGUGAAUAUAAACCACUGACUUGUCAAUGAGGUACAGAGGUAAACAGCUCAUACCAUGGUGCCAUGGAACAUCAUGUCUCUACCGUUUCAACAUCACUGGAACGGUUAGAGGGACAGUGUAUUUCAGCAGGACCUACAGCACACAACAACAUCCGCCAUCACGUCCAAAAGAUGACAUAGCAGACAAACCUGUUGUUCCUAUUCAAGAGCGUGCCGUGGCUACAAUACAGAAUCUGACUGACUUGGGGAAGCAGUGGGGACAGAAAUCUGUGAGCACAGCGUCACAGUGGGGGCAGAAGUCUAUGACCACUGCCUCAAACACAGUUAACUACUGGUGGGAGAGGUACGAGGAGUUUGUCGGCCUGAAUGAAGUCAGAGAUGCUCAGUCUCAAGUCACAGAGGUAAGUCAGUAUAGAAGGCAAGUCAGGCAUAUGAAACUGGAGGUUGUGUCACUUGAGUCUUAGUUUUUCCUGACCACAUACCUAACAAGGGGAAAAACUCUGGGUCCUCUCUAUAGGUUAUGUCUGGAGGCCUAUAACUAGUGCCCAGAGUUCUUCCUGCUCAGGUCAGGUGGUCAGGAAAAACUCCCAUCUCUAUUCAUCACAGUUUCCUAAACUUGUAAUCUGAACAGCUCAAGACCCAUAGCUUAUAACUUAAGGCCUCAGAGGUUUUCCUGGUCAGAUCAUAUACUUUCCCUAAACUUCUAAUCAUCUGUAUAUUUAGGCAGAGAGGGCCUUCAUGGUGGCCAGAGGGAUGGUGCGUGAGGCCCAUGGCAGCCUGGAGGCCCUACAGGUUAGGCUGAAGGAGGUGAGAGACCGACUGGAUCGGGUCUCACGAGAGGAGGCCCACUACCUGGAGCUGGCCACGCUGGAGCACAAGCUGCUGCAGGUAAUACUGUCAAGAGACAUAAUCAGAUUUACGAUCGAUUGUUGAAUAGGAAUGUAUCUUUUUGCUGUCACAUUGCCCAAUCCCAUGAAAACACACACACACACAGUCUCAGCUGCAAAGCAGUUUUGUUGUGCUUGAGUUGAAGAGACUCACACUGGGGGACUUUAGUUAUGCACUUGUUGUACACGUUUUUAUAAAGAAAAUAAAACAUUUUUACCAUUUUUGUAGGAGGAGCGUCGCCUGCGGACAGCCUACGAGAACGCAGAGAGUGCAGAACGAGAGAAGUUUGCCUUAUUCUCAGCUGGUGUGCGUGCGAGCCACGAAAAAGAGCGGACUCGGGCGGAGCGCACAAAGAACUGGUCCGUGAUAGGCUCAGUGCUCGGAGCUUUGAUAGGGGUCAUGGGGUCAACCUAUAUCAACAGAGUACGCCUACAGGAGCUGAAGACCUUGCUACUGGAGGCUCAGAAAGGACCUGUUAGUCUACAGGAGGCUAUAAAAGUCCAGGCCGGUAUGCAUAAGACACAACAACAGGAGCUGAGAGGCCUUAUAGACACCCUGAGGGUGACACUUCAGCAUAGAGCAGCUCAGGUGGUGGCUGAGAAGGAGGAUGUGAAGAAGCCAGUGGCUGCUCCUGUUCCGGUUCCAGAACACAUCGUGGUUCCACCUCCACACCAGCCUUCUCCGAGUGCCUCCGAGACAGUUCUGAAAGAGAUAUUGCUCUAUAGUCAGAAAGCACAGAGUCUUCUAGAAGGCAUCCAGCCACAGCUAGGACAGCUUGAACAGAGUGUUGGGAAGGUGGAAUCGGAACUUCUGGCUGUUCAAAAUUUGAUUGAGACUUAUCAUAGGGAAGAAAAGCAGUCAGUAGUUAUAAGUCAGCAAGAUUCACAGAUGUUUGUUUGCGACACUAAGAGCGUUAUGCAAGGUCUUGACCAGACGGAGAAAAGACUUGAAGCCUCAAUAGGCCAGACUACCAUGUACAACACUGUUCUGGCAUACGGUGCACUUGCUGUCACUGUUCCUGCACUGUAUAUCCUCUUUAGAGGUGUUUAACUAAUGUUAUGUACUGUAAGAGAGUGAUAUUAAUCUUACAAGGUCCAUCUUGAUUUACAAUGAAAUGAUUACAAAUUAAUAUUGUGAUUGCUGUUCAUGUUUUUACUACAGGCAAAAUGAACCAUGCACUGAUGUGAAAUCAAUUACUUAAAAUAAAAAUAAUUAGAGUGCUGUAUCUAUAUGAAAAUCAAAUGUAAUACAUUGUAAAAUAUUUGAAUUAGAGUACUAUCUAUUAU